GGGAUGACCCAACGUGAAUCAGCGUUUACAUGUCUUUCAACUGUGACUGCCAUCGAUUAUACGCGACUGAAAAUUGACCUAACAUUUAGCCAUUAUCAGUGCCAUAUUCUGGUACUCUCUGAACCCUUCAAUGUCACUGCAUUUUUAAAAUAUCGUUAGGCAGUAUUACGUUCUUUUCCCUUAACAUCAUUUCUCUCUAAUAUGUCCGCGAUCAAGUUUGACUAUUGUUAUAUUGAUACACUUAUUAUAACUGAUACGCCUUCACGAUAAACAGGGGUGGUUACUGGACAAUCAGAUUCGCUUUAAAUUUUGUCACUUGCUAAACUAUUUUUACUUAUUCAAGAAACAUGAAAGAACCCGCAUCGUAAAGUCUGUUUACGAGCCAAGUGAAGCGACGGGAGUACUAUUUAUGGGAAGUUAGUCCAUCGCAGGGCUACUCCUAACAAUAAAUUCGCCCAUACCCAUUUAUACACCUGGGUGGAGAAAGGCACUGUGAGAUUAAAGUGUGUUGGCUAAGAACGCAACAGUAUGCUCGGCCAGAGCGCACAAACCACGACGCCACCGCACCUACCAAGAGCCCUUAUGAACUCGUUACAAAAAGUUCGUGCAUCGAUCGAGUUAGAAUUAUAAACACGCAAAACUUGUCUCUCAUAAGACAACAUAAGUCACACGAUUGUGAUUCCGGUAGAGUGAAUGCUGUUAAGCAGAACGAUCCAACUUCGCUUAAUUUACGUCCUAGGCCUGUCCAUUUUUAUUUCCGGGGUCUUGAGGAUUGGAGGAGGGGGGUGUCGGCCUCUCAAUAAACCUUCACACCCCGCGCCCCUCUGUAAAUCACAUAGUUACCUUAUUAGGACCCUCCUGGGACGUUGUUCGAUGGCCUUUUGUCAUCGAAAAAACAGCCAAAUAUUUGGCCUUUCAACGGUAAGAAAUGUUAGUCCAGCAUUUUUCUCUACUGUUACCAAGCCUCAUUAUCCUCGAUAAUCGAAUCAUCAGUGCAUGCCAUCUCGUCUCCCAACCCCCGACCUUAAGGUCCUUUAAACCACAAUUACAAAUCCAUUGGUCCUUCUUAAGCAAGGGGAAAGAUGAAGAUUGCUGAAAUGUGCUUGAUUUGAUUAAUUGGUUUACGUUCCAGUUCUGCUGGCAUGGGAUCAAAACAAACCAAACAACCCGACAACACUAGCCCGGUGAUAUCGCACGAUGCCUUCAGCGCUGGAAAAUCCUCGUGAGAUCUCACGUUUUCGAGUUAAUAUCAGGGAACUUAAGCAAUGACAACGGCGACCCGAAGGACGAUGCAUAGCAAAAAAUUAAUAUCAGUAAAACUGCACGGGACGACGAUCGGUCUAAAAAAGUUUCUUAAACUAGAUAUAUAAAACGAGCCAUCAAUUCCAAAAGGAGAUACGCAAAAUUAGCGGCCGUGGUUCACGUUCUCCAAAAUAAGCAGAACUUGGUCAUUUCACGUUGUUGUUUUCAAAAGAAUAGCUACGUAAUGUGCAUAGAUUUACAACGCACGUCAUACCACUGUUCUGCUGAUUAAAUCUUGUGUUUGAUGACCUUCUCGUUACCGUUCUUGGUUGCCGCCUAGUAAUUUUUUUUAAGCUUCAGUCCUAAUUAUUCAAGCAAGGAUUUUGACCCAUAAAAGUAUACUAGGAUGUCAGCUCUGUUCUUUUAGCAGCUUCGGGAGCAGCGAUUGUUGAUUGACACGGUUCAGUUUCAGGCCUAUUGACCUAAAAACUAAGCGUUCUUACCAGGAAACAUUCUUCUCAAAGUGGAAGGCAUAACAAUGCCUGCCAGUUGUUUGAAAACUAGCGUAAAUUGAAGUUUUAUACAACCACCUUAGCACUGCCAAACAAAAAAGAGCCUGUUGACAAUUUCUUGAUAUUGGUAAGUAACCUUUUCGGUGUGCUAUUGAAGCUAUCCCAAAAACAGAUAACGAUUGUAUUUAAGAGGUCAAUAACGCCUGGCAUUUCCUAUUUACCCGGAUUAGAGGAGAUACCAAUUUUCAGGCAUUUUUUAUAUAAGUAAUGUUUUUUUUCUUGUCUGCGACCUUCAAUUUCAUUUAACCAUGCCUCGGGGAUAGUAAAACGUUUUGUGCCAAAUUGAUCUUUUUUCCAAUCAAUACAUCGUCCGUGACGUCGAAGCAAUCGUUUCAUCAUGAUUAAAUUUUAAAUCUCAGCAUUUUUAGGAUUAACUAUUUAAUGAUUAGGAGUAAACUUAGAGAUUCUUGGCCAGCUGAGUAGCCUCAAUAAUCACAAGAAUAAACAGAUAAAGAGUUGUCGGUAAAAAAAACAGAGACAUGCAGUGCGCGAAGAGAAAGAAACUAUGUAAAUCAUCGGAGGCCAAGAACGUGGAAUCAGUGGCACACUUGCUUCAUUCUCAACAAGAGGAAAGUACGAAAAGUAGGUCCAUACCUGUUCCAAGACUUAAGUCAGGUAGAGUGUAGUUCACGCCGGUAUGAAGAUGACGUCUUAGUUAAUGAGUCACGUUCCUUAUCAGUUUGACGUUACGAUGAAUAUAUUGAGGUUUCUUGUCAAGUAUUACAACUUAUUUAUUGAAGUAGAUUCGGUGAUCUCCUCUUAGAUUAGGCUUGCAAUACCACGGGUGGAUAAAUUGACUUUGGAAGGUCAAUUGAAAUAGCUAAUUAACAUUCUACGUAAAUCACAUGAAAAAAUAUUUUACCUUUCAAAAGCCUCUAACAAAUCAUCCGACAUACAUUUUUGGAUGACAUGAAGGAUGACAAACAUGCACCCGACCUCUGGCUUAAAAUUCAAACGCGCCUCAUCGUGUGCAGGUAAACUGUACAAAUCAGUAUGCAAUGCAAAUUUGCAAUUAAAUUAGCAAUAGAUGUACUAACCUCUGCAUUGUCCUGCUACUUAAUAACAUAACUUCAGUACAUUUGCCGAUAAUUUUAAAUCCAGUAAAACGUUGGCUACCUUUUCCUAUAUCUCUCGACACUGUGAGAAGAGGUCAAUUCAUGGCCACAAGAAGUGCUCAGACGUUUCAAAUUGCAUUCUUCGCUUUUCACGGGCAUGUUAAAAUUCACCAGUUUAAAGAAAUGCGGGCGUGAAUUUCAAUUGUUUAGCAGAACCAGUAGGAAAAACUAGGUAGAAGACAAAUAUUUUAAUAACAUCCCAUGAAGCCUAAGCAGGAAGGAACAAAGUUUUAGGAGUGGGUGGGUAAGCUAUGCAACACUGCACUAUACACCUUGUAACAAAACCUUCGAUAUUUUCUUUCUUCGUGACGUUUUAUAGCAUAGAGCAUUAGGUCUAAGAGUCAUUGUAAAUCAACAAAUUAACAUUGGGUGAUUGUGUUUCCAUUCUUUACUUCAGAGGGCAGAUUUGGUGGAAAACUCUCGGCUCAAGACGAAUUCCUACCCAAUUAUUGCUCUUCUAAGCAGUACAGAAGAAAGUCAACUCUUCCUUUAGCUUUGUGUCCGGAAAACGACUGAAGGCACCCAAACCUUCCAGGCUGCGAUGAAUUUCAGCCAAAGAUACUCAACAUUGGGUUUAAAUUCAAGCCAAAUCCCGCCAAGCAGUGCACCCCUAGAGUAUGAUUUCGUGGUGGAGCCAGAAUGUUCGCGCAUAAUUCGCUAUGUCGUGUACGGCGUGCUUUUCAUCUUCGCGAUAUGCGGCAACUUCACUGUUUGCCUCAUUCCUUUUCGACAUAGGCGCAUGCGCACAUGCACGUACUCUUUGAUCACGAACCUCGCUGUCUCUGACCUCGGUACCAUGUUAUGUUUGCCUUCCAUACUGAUUGCGAUGGAAUGGAAGGGUGGUGAAUGGACGAUGGGGCCAGUGAUGUGUAAACUAGUUAACCCAAGCCUGACUAUGUUCUAUCUCGUUACCACCAACACACUUGUUGCCAUCGCAGUCCAUCGCUUCGUGGUGGUUGUUUUUCCGUUUAAAUCAAAACUCGGAAAAUCUAAAAUAGCGCUAGUUAUCUUACUGACGUGGCUGACUGCAUUUUUCUGCGUGUUACCCUCAUUCGGUGCUCGAGAACUUCAAGCCAUUGGAGUGAGAAACAACGAAACAAUUUAUCGUUGCGUAGAGUCUUUCCCUGGUAGGACAGUGGAGGAACAGAUUUACUACCAAAAUAUGUACACCAUAUUCCAGUACAUCAUUAAUAUCUUCUUGCCCGUUGUGAUAAUCGUCAUCUUGUACGUUGUUAUUGCUUACAAACUUCGACAGAUGUCGAUCGCGUUGGGGUGUGGUCCAGUUCCAAAGGAAAGAAGAGAAAGUCAGGGCUCAGUGACGUAUUACAGUGUACGAAGCUCGAGGAAACAAAGUAUAGACCAAACUACUUUAAGGAAAAGAAACGAACUGGAGAAGAAAUUUUUGCGGAUGCUGGCAGUUGUUGUUAUAGUCUUUGUCGUCUGCUAUGUGCCGUACACCACGUUCUUCCUUGUGGUUGAAAACUACCAGGAGGCCUUACAAUGGAGGUACUUGAAAAUCUUAUACUAUUACAUCUACUUGCUAAUGUGGUUUCCAAAUGCGUUGAAUCCGUUAUGCUAUGGUGCUCUAGAUGAACAUUACGCAGCUAUAAUCAAGUCUCUCUGCUGUUGUGCCAUCAAAAACACGGGCACUAGAUAUUUCAGAUCUGGUAACCUUGCAGCCAAUUCGAUCCCGGCCAAUUCUAACCACCAUGGAAAUCUUUUCAGUCGUUCGAACAACUCCAUGCCCUCCGUAAUUGAUAAAACAAGAAGUCAAACAGCCAGCCAUUCCAGUCGGGAUGAAGGCAGAAGAGGAUCGAAGACGUGUUGCUGCUAGUUCUAGAUGGAAUGACCAGACAAUCCCGGAUCAGUAAACAACCUUUAUCAACCACUCUACAUGAUAUUACGAUAGAACAGAUGUUUAUCAAUCAAAGCUUGAAUUAAGCACGUACAUACCAACAGCAUUUGGCUGGGGUCUGCGCAAGUUUACUACCAACAAUGCAAGACCAACACAGAGAGACCCAGUUAGUCCUUAAUCUGUAGAAAUGUGGCAACAAAGAUGAUACAAUAGCUGGUUUACGCUUGCAAGAUAAAGAAAUUGAAAAGAAAAGAGAAAACAAGAAAAAGAAAACAGAAACAAACACCAUCAAGACUUCAUCAGUCAUGAAUCAUCUUGGUCCAAAUCAGGACUGAGCGUCCCCCUGCCCCCCCAUCCCCGGACUGAGCAGCGUUUUCAACUCUACAUGAGACACGCAAUGGCGUAAUGGUUACAUAAGAUUCAUAACACUCAGGGGGGCCACACCACGCAGGAGGAAUUUGAAACCUCAACAAUCACGCGCGUACCGGCCCUUUUGAGUUUGUAUUUGAGGAAGACUCGGUGAACGAAAUCACAUCAUUAUCUUGACGUCAUCGUUUUCGAAAAGCUCCAUUUUGAAAAUGUUUUUCGUUCGCACGAAAACAGUUUGUUCCUCCGGUUUGAAGAGUGUUUUCAAAAAGCUGCCUUUUCAAAAUUGUCCAGCGUAGUGUGGACGCUGACUUAUUGACCACGCGUCAAACUCUCUCUCCGGUAAGGUGCAUACAUACAGUGUAGGUACCUCUGAGUACAAUGCUGGGCCGGAUGAAGACCAAAAUCCCACCCAGAGGGAGUGGGAAGCAGGGGGUGGGGAUACUCGACGUGUUCAUGCUAUAGGAAACGGAGAUGAGCACUGGCAUGAUAGACUAUGCAGUAAGCUCAAAUACAGGGCUACCCUACUAUACCUUGUGUAGGGAGAACAGGCCCCAGUUGUUCGAAGGCUGGAUAACGCUAUCCACCAGAUAAAUCGCUAUCCAGUGGAUAAGUAUUUACAAAACAAAUAAACCGCGCUAUCCGCUGAACAGUCAUUUAUAUUAUCCGCUGGAUAGCGUUAUCGGACAACCCGGGCCAGGCCUUCAACUGUAUUUGUGCUGGAGAUGUAAUACAUCAUGGGUACCCAAAAGACCCUCAAGGUAGAACACAAGUUUAAAUGGCUUACCUCAGAUACUAGGGAAAUAAUACCUCAGAUACUCGGAUAAAAAAAAAUGCCUGUAGUUUUCAAGGUGUUUUGGAUAAGAAAAGAAGGGUUGCUUAAAGGUGUAAAUAUGGGGAUAAAGAUCAAGUUGCUUUCGUCAAUUUAGAAAGAUAUCCCACAAAAAAGGUAAUGAACUUUAAAUUCUUUAGGUGUCACUGAUAAAUCUUAAUCCAAUCUUUGAUUAAUGGAAUUGAUUAAUAUAGCUUAGAAUAUGUGAUAACAGCAUUCGUCGUAUGUGUGUAAAAACGAAAGACAUAAACUAUCUUAGUAAAAUAUCAUAAUUUUCAUACAAAUUAUAAUAAAAAAGUAAACGAAUUCUUAUCAGGCUGGUUGUUGCCCCAGAGUUAAAUAAGCUAUAUGAGAAAGGGAUAUCCCAAACAUUGUCCUCCUUAAUAACCCCUGAUUCAGCUUAAGCUAUCAUAUUUAUUUACCUGGUGGUUUUAAGCUGAACAUGAUGAUCUAGACCUGCUUAGUCCAGUUCUGGCUAGCCUUCAGAACAGGCGGAUAAGCGGGGAAGAGCGCAAAGCGCGAGUCGAAGAAUAUGGUCUCGUGGUUCGUGCUCGGGUUCGUGCUCCGCGUUCGCGUAUCGCGUUUCGCGCUCUACACCGCUAAUCCGCCUGCUCUGCAGUCUAGUUCUGGCCCUUCCUCGAGCUCUGCCACGCAACGCUACUAUAAUGUCUACGAUUUGCGCGACUUCAGCCCGAGAAUACUACUGAACGAAAUCCUAGUAUUAUGUAAGAUGAUUUGCAGUCCGUACUGCGCAGUCUCAGCAUCCUUAAUGUUUUUUAAACAUUAUA